AUGGCUCCGAAACGCAAGACCUCCGAUGCGAGUGUCGAUAAUAAACCAAACGGACACACGUCCAAGAAAGGUCGUACCGGCCUGCGUGAACCACACCCCAAUGCGAAACUGACAGAAGACUUUGGCAUUGUCCUGCGCGACUUCUAUCCUCCGGAGAUGAGCAAUGAGCGAUGCAAGGCAUACACAAAUGGCACAAUCCAACGACCCAUUGAAACACUGCAAGAGGCGUGUCGCGCCACCGCGGACAAGCGUCAUUCCAUUGAAGCGGGUAAAGCGGUGGUUCACUGGUUUAAGAGUGACCUCCGGUUAUCCGACAAUCGGGGCCUACAUACUGCAUUCCAACUCGCCCGCGACAACCAGGUGCCUCUCAUCGGUCUGUACAUUGUAUCCCCCGAGGACUUUGAGGCUCAUUUAACAAGUCCCGCCCGGGUGGACUUUACCUUGCGGACCCUGGAGCGAUUGCAGCGGGACUUGGCCGAACUCGAUAUCCCCCUCUACAUGGAAACGCAGGAGAAGAGGAAUCGAAUUCCCGAUCGCGUGGUUGAGCUGUGCCAGAAGUGGGAGGCGAAGCACCUCUGCGGGAAUAUCGAGUACGAGGUUGACGAGCUCCGACGUGAUGCCAAGCUCGUUCGACUGUGUGCUUCGAAUGAUAUCGAUUUCACCCCCACCCCCGACACCUGCGUGGUCUCGCCAGGUUCACUGAGUAGCCAACAGGGGAAUCAAUAUGCGGUUUAUACGCCCUGGUUCCGCUCCUGGCUGGCUUUUCUCAAGGAGAAUCCGGAUUACCUGGAGCUGUCCGAGGAGCCGGGCUCGAAUCCCGGGGACGCACGGAAGCAGUUCUCCGACCUGUUUGACUGCCGAAUUCCGGCUUCGCCAAAGAACAAGCAGCUCUCGAGCGAGGAGAAGAAGCGAUUCGAGGAGCUAUAUCCGGCCGGGGAGCAUGAAGCGAUGCGUCGAUUGGAAAAGUUCCUGGAAGAAAAAGGUCACAAGUAUGCGGAGAUGCGCAGUGUGCUCCCUGGAGAGAAUACAUCGCUACUCAGUCCAUACUUUGCAAGUGGAGCCCUCAGCGCGCGGACAGCGGUGGUGACGGCGAAGCAAUUGAACAAGAAUUGGCUCGAUCGUGGCGACCAGGGAUACAUGACCUGGAUCAGUGAAGUGGCCUGGCGGGACUUUUAUAAGCAUGUCCUCGCGCACUGGCCCUUUAUCUGCAUGAACAAGUGCUUCAAGCCGGAACACACCAACAUCGAGUGGGAGUAUGACGCGGAUCAAUUCCAAGCGUGGUGUGAUGGCAAGACGGGAUUCCCUAUUGUUGAUGCGGCGAUGCGACAGUUGCGGCAUUGUGCGUGGAUGCACAAUCGCACGCGGAUGGUGGUGUCGUCGUUCCUAUCGAAGGAUCUGAUGAUUGACUGGCGGCGUGGGGAGCGAUACUUUAUGGAGCAUCUGAUCGAUGGGGAUUUCGCGUCGAAUCAUGGCGGGUGGGGAUUUGGGUCGAGCACUGGAGUUGAUCCACAACCUUACUUUCGGAUUUUCAACCCUCUGCGACAAAGCGAGCGGUUCGAUCCGAACGGUGAGUAUAUUCGACAGUGGGUUCCGGAGUUGGGCGAGAUUGUGGGCAAGGCGAUUCAUGAUCCUUAUGGGAAUAAAGAGGCGGCGGGGGUGGCGGAGAAGAAUGGGUAUCCCAAGCCGAUCGUGGAUCACGCGGAGAGUCGAACACGGGCAUUAGAGCGAUUUAAGAGUGCUCUCCAGAAGGAUAAGGAGUAG